UCACUCAUCGUAUAGAAUGGGAGUUCUUUAAUAAAUAAGAGAAUGCCACGUCCCUCGCCCUGCUAAUACCAGUUAUCCGUAUUAUUAAUAAUAUGACAGACGCCUACUAUUAUAUCUAUUUCUAUAAUCAGUCAUGGACCACACAGAAUUCUGUGUCUUCUUUGUUGUGUACAGCAUUGUAAAAAAUGUAAUGACUAAGAAUAAAAAAAAAAAAAAUUAGGCACAUAAUUAGCACAAUAAAAAUAGCAGAGUCGUAUAAAAUAAGGGAACCUAAGGGAACGCCAACAGAAAACACCAUGAAGAUCUCUGGACUGAUCUGUUUGUCCGCCAUGGCCCUCUGUCUGCAGCGAGCCGGCUCCCUUCAGUGCUACUGGUGUCUGACCCCCACCCCCGGCGAUUUGUGUCGGACAAUAAAGAACUGUUCCGAGGAGCAGGCGUGGUGCUUCACGACCGUCAUUGGUCCCACCUCAUCUGGUUAUCCCUUUAAAGGGUCGAGGACAGUAAUCCGUGACUGCGCAGAGACAUGCAAGCAAAGCAACCCCAACAAUCUGGGGACCACGACCCCCACAUACUGCUGCCAGAACGAUACGUGUAACGUGAUGAGCCGAGCCCAGGCGGUGACAACCGGCGACUGGCCGCUCGCCGCGAUCCUAUUGGCUGUUAUCAUUGCGCUUAAAAGGCAGAUGAGCGCGUGACGGUCCCCAGACCUUGGAUGCCGCUUUGUCCCAAGACCAAGACCUUACCCAGUCCAGCGGCAACACCGGAAACCAGGAGAUAAAGUCAACAUCUGGGGAUAUUAUCUGUCUUUUUUUUUUUUUACUUUUAUAGGUUGGACAUUAUAAUUGUGAUGUCAUUCGUAAUAACACUGUGUUCAUUUAUAGUUUUAUGAUUACAUGGGGGCGGCCAUAUCUGCUCAUAACAUAUUCAGGCUUCUUAUUUAGUAGGGCAAUAGAAGUUGGGGGGGGGGGUGUGUUAAAACCUCGUAGUUGAGCUACGGUUGCAGAUUCCCCCUGUUUAGACCCCUGAUAUUUCACCACAGCCCCCUAAAGGGGCUCCUAAAAUAUUGUAAAUAAAUAAAAUUGUAAAAAAUAAUAAAGAUAAAAAUUACUGACAC